UCAACUCCAUUCACUAUGAUGCUCGACUCCUAGCAAGAAGCUCCUCCACACCCGACAUCCGUUGUAAGGGGAAAACUCAAUGAAAUUCACGACCAGUUCUUGACCAGAAUUAACGUUUGUUCAGCCAGCGUAAAGUGAACUUCAAGACAUCACACCACUGCCUUCAUCAAGACAUUAUUUUUGGGGGCACUUUGAGCAUUAAUGUUUUCCUUCCCCCCCUUUUCUUUCCUGAAGACAUCGAAAUAUUCUCUUAUCUUCACUUAAAAAGAAGAAGAAGAAGAAAUAAGAUUGAGCAAUUAUUUGACUUCCUUUGGACGGCUGCAGACUUAAUUCGUGAACUGAAAUCUCUCAGUAAAUUGCUUGGACCGCUCGUAUAUGUGAUUGGUUUAACAAGUACCUUUAUUCUUCAGUGAGAGAUCAUGGAGCGCGACUCUACCGCGGGAGGGGCGGAGGACCUGCUCCUGGAAGACAAAGUUUCAAAACUGCGUGCAGGAUCACUUCAUAAACACGAACUAGCUGAGGCCAUGGAAGUGGAACAGGAAGGACUGGUAGAACAUCAGCCUCUGGAGCAGGAUGACCUUAACUUUGAGAAAUGGAAGCCCAAGCCAAAGCCCAAGAGGACGCUGCAUGAGAAAAUCGACGACCUAAAGACUUACCUGUGGAACGCCGAAACGAAGGAGUUUAUGGGCCGCUCGGGGAAGAGCUGGAGCCUUAUUCUGCUCUUCUACUCAGCAUUAUACAUUUUCCUCGCGGCCAUGUUUGCUGGUUGUAUGUGCUGCCUGAUGUGGUCGAUUAGUCCAUAUGCUCCCACCUACAAUGACAGGGUGAUGCCACCAGGUUUGACAAUGUCACCUCAUGUAGAACAUGUUGCUCAUGGGUUUGACAUUGCUUUCAACGCCUCUGACCAAAAAUCGUGGAAGAAGUAUGCAAAAGCACUGGAAGCCCAUUUGAAACCCUAUGAUGAUAAAGUGCAGGAGAGGCGGAACAUUCCAUGUGAAGGAAAUACGUAUUUCAUGCAGGACGACUUAGAGGAGAGUGCCGAGCGCAAGGCAUGUCAGUUUAAGAGGUCCAUGCUGGGCGAAUGCUCCGGCACGCAUGACAAAGAUUUCGGAUACUCUAAGGGCAAACCCUGCAUCAUCGUCAAAAUGAAUCGGAUUCUCGGGUAUCUGCCUGGUCAAGGCACUCCAGUAAACGUUACAUGUGGAGUAAAGAAAGGGUCAACUGAAGUCCUCGGAGAUGUCGAGUUCUUUCCAAACAAUGUCUUCAACUUGCGGUACUAUCCCUAUUAUGGGAAACUGAGACAUGUAAACUACUCUUCCCCAUUGGUGGCUGUGCGCUUUUCUGGAGUCCAGUCCGAGACCCAACUACAUGUUCAAUGCAAACUAAACGGCAAGGGCAUCAUCAACGAUUCAGCAACCGACCGUUUCCUGGGUAGCGUGUCUUUCACUUUACAAGUGGGGGCGUAGGAUCGUAGAGAAAUUGAAAUGAAAAUUCUCAGAGUAUGUUAUAAUGAAUGAAAUAGCACACUGGGUGCUGUCUAUACCCAUUAGCCCUCUGAUUAUGCCUCCGGCAGCCACUGUGCUAUUCGUGUCAGAGCUGUGUUACUUCACUACUUUUUCAAACUAGGGAUUUCCCAGUAAGCAAAGACUGAGAUUUAUAGAUCACAUUCAGUAACGUAACAUUCAGUACCCAGCCACUAGAGACUCACACCUGCCUUUGUUUCAUUAUUGGAUAAAAUAAAAAUAUGAAAAGAUGUCCAAAUACGUAGAUCACCAUUAUAGCUACUGAGGCAUAAUCACUCCAACGAACAGUCUACAGUGAGACGUAGGCAAAACAAAUCUCUAGAUCUGUGUAGAUUAUAGAAUUAACAUGUAUUAAAACUUAUAUUGUUAUUUUGGUAAUUCAGAUGUGUAUAUAACACAUUAAAACAACUUUUUAUUUUUAUUUUGAUGUUUUUCUCCGUUAAGUCACCGUCUCUAUUAUAUUCCCCCUCUGGACGAAAAAAAAAAAAAGGCAGAAAAUGACUUACAUUAUCUUUUUACUUGCUCAUUUAAUUGAAUAAAAAUCAGAUGUGAUUAGAAUUAAUAACUGAUUGUACAUUUUUGGACUAAAUUUUUAUUUUUAUUUUUUGGAUACUAAAUUUUGAUUCCAGAGGCAAAUGUAUUUUACUGAAAUCCCAUUUCAUAAUUUUCAGAGCUUCAUAAUUAAAUACAAGUUGAUCUUUCUUUUGUCGAGCAUGCAACCAACACUUCUUAAAAACGAAAUAGAUUAUUUCACAAUUCAUCUGAGUGAAAAUAUCUGCUCAGUUACCUGUAAGAAGGAUUUCAACAGUAUUAUUUAUUAAUUGUAUUUGAAUAUAUUGACAUGGUAAAAGCAGUGUAAUAGUGAGAUGGAAAUUGGUAAUUGCACAUCUUUGUUAUUCAGUAAAUACAUUGAAAUAUCCACUGGCUGACAAAGAUAUUCCAGCUCAUGUUUUUAAACGCACUCAUGUUCUAGCAUAAACAAUAAAGAUGGAUGAGAAUUAA